GGCGUUGUUCCGCUCCGGCCCGCCUCCGGCCUCCAAAUUUGGUCAAACAGGCACAGAUUGUCCAUCGCGACAGUCACCACGAUUGUUGAUUCACGGCCUUGCAUUCACGCGUGACGCCAGCAGGAAUGGCCACCUCUUUCUAUUGAUGGCGAAUUAGGUCGCGUUGUCUCUUUUUGCCGUCUGGGCUGCCUCACCUUUCUCAAGUCUGACCUCUCUUUUCUGGACCUAUCUUCCCCCCGGACUAGCCUCGUCAUCCCCGAUGGCUGUCGCAGAUCAGCCUUCGGGCUUGAUGGAUAUCGCCAGCUCUCUUACCCAAGAUGACAUCCCGUUCAAGCUGCGAUGCGCCAUCUGCAAUAAGCUUGCCGUCAACGCCUUCCGCCUUCCCUGCUGCGACCAAGCCAUUUGCGAAACAUGCCAGGCUGCACUCCCCGAGACGUGCCCGGUUUGCGCGCACACCCCUAUCUCAUCCGAUCUCUGCAAGCCGAACAAGGCCCUCCGGACGACCUUGAAGGCAUUUCUGCGUACUGAAGAGAAGAAGCGCGAAAAGGAACGACAGUCGGCGACUCCCGCGACUCCCGCCACUACCAAUGGUGCAACGACCGCGGAUGGUACUCCUAUCCAACAGGAGACGCCUGCCGUGUCCAGUGUCCCCGAAGUCCCAGCUGCAGAAGGAGUUUCCGCACCAGACUAUCCUGUCGAUGCUCCAUUGGAGGAACCCCCUAUCGCCGCGGACGUCGGAGACCAAAAUGCGGAGAACGCACCGGGUGCCAGUGACGAAGCCCCCACGGAGGGCCAGGUUCAGGAUGAUCAGUCAGCAACUGUUCCGGCCGACACGCAGGGGACCGUGGCGGAUGCACAACAGGACGGAACUGGCGAAGGCGAACCAGCCGAUGAAGCCAAGGCCGAUCAAGGCAAUGACGAAGAAGCACCCCAAGGCUCCGAAUCAGGAUCGAUGUUCCCCAACGGCAUGGGCUUCGGCAUGGGCACCGGGAUGUUUCCCAACAUGGCUUGGAACAACACCGGGGGUUUUAACCCCAUGGCCCAGUUCAUGAACAACGGAAUGUUCAAUUUCCCCAAUGCUAUGGGCAUGCCUGGCAUGGCGAUGGACCCGAUGGCCGCGAAUCAGGGUAUGUUUGGAGGCUACGGGAUGAACAUGAAUGGCAUGAACAUGGGAAUGAAUUUCGACGCGGGUCAGGGGAUGUACGGGGGAUGGGACUCACAGAACAAUAUGUGGAAUGGAGGCCAAGAUAAAUUCAAUCCAAAUGCUUUCGCAAAUGGUAUGGGCUCGCAGUAUGGGGGCCCCUCUGGAUUUGGCGGAUAUAAUAUGUCUCAACCCAACGGAGUUCAUGCUCAAAUGCAGCAGCCGCAGUUCCCUAGCCAAGAUUAUCAGAAUGGCUCUUAUGCCGGCCAUGGCAGAGGCGCUUUCCGGGGCCGGGGGCGUGGUGGUGUCUUCCCCGGUGGUCGUGGGCGCGGUGGAUUUGGGGGGCAGAUGCAAGCCAAUCAUCCUGCUAAUGCUAACGAGUCAGACCUUCCAUCCCAUAAUUCUCCUAGUGAUGGCCUGGAAGGUGUAUCUGCUGAGAUGUCGGGAGAGCUCAGUACCGAUGCCAACAAGGAAGUCACCGAUGAGAAUGCCCCUAGCGGCGAGGUGGCGUCCGCUCAAGAUCCUUCCGCGACAGAAGCUCCUGCUGAGAACUUGGCUGAGACCGGGGAAUCUGACCCCAUCCAUAGAGACCACGCACAGGAGCUUCCCGAUCAGGACGAAUCCCAGCUUCGUGGGAUCCCGACCAUUGAUAGUCUAGACCAAGUCCACGCCGUCCAAGGUAUGCCGAUGGGCCCGAUGGGUAUGCCGGGUCCCAUGGGUCCAGGCUUUGGCCGAGGUGGCUACAUGCGCGGUCCCUUCGCCGGUGGACGUCCGGGUGGCUUCAACGGUCCACCAUUCAUGGGCGGUCCCACCAUGUAUCCCGAGCCCAGGGGACAGGGCGUUGAAGGUGCGCCAGCGGCUCCCAGGGCGAUGAGAGAGGGACUUCCCAAUACCAGCGUUCUCCGGCAACGGAACUUCCAGGGUCCAGGACGAUCAUCGGCACCCCCCGUGAGACCCAAUGAAGCCUCGCACAGUGUGACUCCAACUCCAGGACAGGAGGAUCAGCUGCCGCGGUCCACCUCCAGGUCCAAAUCGAGAGCCGGAUCGGCAUCAAGAUCGAGGUCCCGAUCCCGCUCUCCGGCUCCAUCGCGCUCAGACAGUCGCCGCCAGUACCGUCAACGCUCCAUGAGUGCCAACCGUGGGGCCGAUGAACCCGAGCGUAGGCGAGACCGGCCGAGGAGGCCUCGUCGAGAGGACAAGUACGAAGAGCCGUCCGUUGCGGCGGAAGACACCCAUCGUACGCGCUCUCCGUCUCUCGAGUCUCGACGCUCCACUCACCGUCGUGACCGAGAGCGGGACAGACGCGGUGGUCGCCGAUCCCAUCGUUCGCGUCGUCACCGCAGCUGGAGUCGCAGCCCGAGUCGAAAUGGCGAAGCUCCUGAACCCGAUCGUCUGUCGUUGAUCCCCGAAGAAAACGGGCCCAGCUCUCGACCCAAACCCAGUGACAGUUACCGUGCUGGCAAGGACCGCUCCAGCCGGCGCGAUGAUGACCGUGAUCGCGAUCGAGAUUCUCGUCGUCGUGACCGCGAUCGGGAUCGUGAUCGCUACCGGGAGCGGGAGCGGGAGCGUGAGCGAGACCGAGACAGGGACCGUGAGAGAGAGCGCGAUCGAGAUCGCCCCCGGGAGCGAGACCGGAAACGCUCCCGCCGAGACCGCUCCGAGUCCCCCGUGAAUAGCGAAUAUUCCUCCCGCCAUUCCCGCCGCGCCAAGCGGGACCGCGACGAGGAGAAACCAGCAGCAGCAACAGCAACAGCAACAGCAACAGCAGACCCUGAAAAGGACCCUCACACUCUGGAGCGGGAAGCGCGCAACCGCGAGCGUAUGCUCAAGGAACAACAGCGCCGGGAGGCCAUGCACGCAGACCGCGAUGGCGGCAAGUCGUCCCGCAAACGCGACGGCCGUGCAUUGGCGGGUGGCCGCCGUUUCAGCUACAAGUACGAAGAUGAAGAGAACGAUGAUACUCGAGCUGCUCGAGUCGAGAAGGAGCGCGAGGCCGGCCGAUGGAAGUAAUCUUCUUCCUACUACCUACCUCUAUCCCAUCCUAUCUUCCCUCCUCUACCUUCUCUUCACUACCCCUACUCAUCCCCUCCAUCGGUACCCCAUCCCAUACACCACACAACAAACAGCAUACCACCAACACCCCCAUCCCUCCCUCUACUUAUCUC